AAAUUAGAAACGGUAGAAGAGAGGGAAAAAAAGUUGCUAUAAAAGCAUCUGUACAGUUAUUCUCUUCUUUUGUUCCUAUACAAUUUUAAAAUUAAAAUAUUAUGCCUCUAUUUAAAAAGAAAAAUGACGAGGUGGUCGGAUCGAAAAAAUAUGAUGAAGAAGCGAACAAAGCAGCUAUACCUAGUUACCUCAUUCCAGGUAUCUUAGUCACCACCCUUUUCUUUCUUUGGGGUUUCAGUUACGGCUUACUCGAUACAUUAAACAAGCACUUUAAAAAUGUUCUUAACCUUACUACUACCGAAACAACAUACAUGCAAGUAGCAUACUUUGGUGCCUACUUUAUUUUCAGUGUGCCUGCAAGUAUGAUCUCAAAAAGAUUUGGAUACAAAAGGUCAAUUAUUUUCGGUCUUUCACUUUACGUCAUUGGCGCAGUAUGUUUCUAUCCAUCUGCUGUAACAUUGAGUUACGGAGGAUUUAUUGGGUCAUUGUUUGUCAUCGCAUGUGGUAUUACAACUUUGGAAAAUUGUGCCAAUACUUAUAUCACAAUUAUUGGAUCCGCUAAGUCUGCCUCACUCCGUAUCAAUUCAGCUCAUGUUUUUAAUGGUCUUGCCAGUACAAUCGCUCCCGUUGUUGCUUCAUACGCAUUCUUCGGUGGUGUUGAAGAAACCCCAAACGCCUCUUUGGACUCUGUUAAAUGGACAUAUGUUGGCGUAGCUGGUGGUGUUGCUCUUGUUGCCGUUAUGUUUUGCUUUGCCUAUAUUCCUGAAGUAGAUGAAGAAGCUUUAAUGUUGGCCGAUGCUAAAGAAAGCGGAUCAGAGGUUCGCCGUGCCUCCUUGCUUUCCCCUCAUUUAUUAUUUGGUGCAUUUGCUCAAUUUAUGUAUGUCGGUGCUCAAGUUUGUGUAGCUUCUAUGUUUAUGUUCUACGCAGCUGAAGUGGGACACUUUAAGGAUUCAACUGGCUCUAUUUUACUCUCAGUAGGUCAGGGCUGCUUCACAGUUGGAAGACUUUUGGGUGCAAUUUUGAUGAAUAGAUACCGUGCAGAUUAUUUAAUGGUUAUUUUCUCUAUUGGAGCCAUCAUCUCUAAUGUAUUUGUUAUCGCCAUGAAGACGGAAGCAACUACCUAUGCUUUAUUAGCUGUUAUGUUUUUUGAAAGUAUUUUAUUCCCCACAAUUUUCUCAUUGGGUACAAAAGAUUUGGGAAGAAAUCACAAGCGUGGAUCAUCAUUCAUUGUCGCUGGUGUUUCUGGCGGUGCCGUCCUUCCCCCAGUUAUGGCAGCCAUCCAUGAUCACACAAAUGUUAAUAUUGCUUUCGUCAUUCCUUUGAUUGCAUUUAUUGUUGUGCUUAUUUACGGUCUCGUAGGCCAUCGAUGGAUUCGUUACGUGGAUGAGCCCAUCCUUAAUCCUACAUCAAUUGUCGACAGAGGAUUUGAUGACAAUGAUAUCCUCAAAAAAGAUCAUAUAUCGCAAACAGAAAAUAUCGACAAACAUUAAUGUAUCUAGAUAUCUCAUGUAUUAUAAUAACCUUAACACUAAAUAAUUAAUAAAACAUUGUACACACCCCUUGAAUUUAAGUAUCAGAUAUUAU